AUGAGUCCAGCGCGCAAAGGGAAAGAGGUCCCGGAUAAAAAUGCGUUUCCGAUUGAUCCAUUGCAAAGUCUGAUUGGAGAGAAAGUAGAGGUAGUUUUUAUAUAAACUUUUGUUUAAACGGUCUCAUAGUUACAGUUAAAACUGAAAGGGGAUGAGUCCACCAAAAUUUGCGAGCUGUUUUCGGUAGACCCGAACAGCGGAGGGAUCGUCGUGUUGCAAGUAAAGCAAAAUAUUUGUAUGUAUUUCUGUAAUUUUUCUUUCAUUUCAUAAGUUUCGAGUUUUUCUCAGCUUCUUCUCCGUAUCAGUUUGUGCCAGGCAGUAUGAUUGAUUAUGUCAAACGACAUGAACAGCGACAAACAGACAAGUUUUCUUCGUUUCUUUAAUUUUUUUCUCGAGUGUUUUUCGAGAGUGAAAAUAUUUUUUAUCGGCCUUCGCUCAACAAAAUUGACUUUGACGACCUGGAGUUUGCCGUUGGCCACCCUGUGAAGGUAAUAUCUGUAUAUUCAUGAAAAUAUAGUCUCUGUAGGUUACACUUGCUCGGCUAGCGAAUGAGGACGCGUCGGCCAUAACUGGCAAUCUGUUCUGUUUCGACGCGGCAAGCGGCAGCGUCGGUCUGGCGCGUUACUGCGACAACAACCAUGGUUUGUAGUCCUCAGCUCAGUUGUCUCGGUUGAGGCCCGAAGAAUGUAUUAUUUUUGCUGUUUCCGAUCAGUUUUUAACAGAAUCCGUAAAAAAAAGUUAUGAUUCAAAACUUUUCACAGUAAUUUUUUAAUUUUUUGAACGUUCGUAGUGUUGGUAUAAUUCCAAUCAUACUUAAGCCACGAUUUGUAAAGUUGGCUUUGAUCUUCCUUAUGAAGCUCCUUUCAUCGCGACAGGAAAGAAUUUUCAUAGGUUUCUAUAAAUAAUAAAUAGAAGAAGCGGGUACGUUGAUGCUCAUGAUCGAACUUAUUAUCAUGUGAAAUGUGUCUUUCCAAAUUUUUUUGCCAUUCCAGAAGAAUUUUGUGGUUUUCUUUAGACCCUAAACGUUUCGUCAUCGUGCCACGAGCGCAAAUCGCUAACAUCACGCGUCAAGUUCAGAGCGACUCGUCCUGUCGACCGUUUUUUUUCUUUUUUCUUUGGACUCUUCAGCUGUCAAGAGAUUUCAGAUACUCCGCCGAUUUCGAAGGAACUGUCGAAAGAUGUCUCGGCAAGCGCGAAAAAGACGAAAGGAUCGGGUCUCCAACUCCUGACAGGACGUUGGUUUAUUUCUUUCCAUGUUUUUUACCGGAGACGGGGAGAAAAAGUCGCAGAGCUAGGGACCGGUUGAAUGAAUAUCUAUAUUCUUACAAGAGGAAUAUAGAAUAUUUACUGAACCGGUUCCGAUGCCCGCUGAUUUUGGAAGUUGGAAUGAAGAGGCGGAGGGGCUGGCCGGCUCCGUUGCGAAGGAAACGGGGCGUCCUUGGAACCAUCUCAUCACUUUGGAUGAUCAAAACUCGAGACUAAGGAAAUCGCCUUUUCUGUUCUUAGUAAGAAUAAGCUGCGUUGCCAUGGAAGCGCCUCCUAAUGAUAAUGAAAAGACGAAUCUCUUGGAAAGUUGCGCUAUCCGACAGAGUAAGGAAAUCUUGAUGAGAAUGAACGUGAGAAACGCUUUCUACAAAAAGGAAGUUAACUUUGAACCAGAGGUGGAGGAUUGGGAAGGCAGCCCAUGGCUUGGCGGCCAAGCCAAGCCAUUGGGCCAAGUGAUAGAAAUGAGUCAUUGACUUACUAUUGAAAAAGUCAUUUCUGCUUUUGGGCGUUUAUGGCUUGGCAGGCAGGGCCAGUGGGCAGCCAUCCUCCACCUCUGCUUUGAACUACGGAUUUCGGUUUGAAUUUCAUUUCAUAGUUCAAUCUCAAUGUGUUUUCUUUACUGGAAAACGUUGCUAUCCGAAAGAGUCUGUUUUUAUUUGAAGAAGGAAAAGUUUGAGAGCAUAAUUUUUCACGAAUAGGUUUUUUUCUUUUCCACAGUUAAAAAAAAUUAUUACGGUCAUCGGCAAAUCGAGAAAGGGCAUCACGAUACUCCCUCAGGUAUGGGUCUGAAGUCAAACGAUGGUGUCUCGAGUAUACCUCUGAGAAUUUCGAGCAAAAUGAGCUAGACUUGAGGUAGACUCUCAAGGACCUCCGGUAUGACUUAGGGAGAGCUAAAAAGGUAUGCUGGAGUUCUCACGAUGGACAUAUUAUGGGGUCUUCCAUUUUGAGAUUUCUGUUUGUGGACACAUUAUGGUGCUCUCCCGAUUCGCCUGUGCAAGAUAUUCGCAGGGCAAUAAUCGAAAUGAUGAUGCUUCUUUUUUCUUGAGAAUGUUUAACUUCUUUUUUUAAAUGGGUAAUGCUCAUAGAAUAAAACAUAUGAGUGAAAUCUGAUGAAUCUUGAUUUCCUGUAGAAUUUAUGCGCAGUUUUUUUGAAAAAGGUUGGAUCAGGACUAAAAAGUAUUUCAGAAACGAGCAAUCGCGACGGGAAUUUUCUGGAAGUCCUACACGCAAAGAAAAAAAACCAUCAGGAUGCGAGUUGGUGAGUAUAACCUCGCUUGUCAUUUUGCAAGGUUUGUUAAAUCUUAGAAGCGGUGAUUUCGAAGUUUCAUGUGAAAAGGAGGUAAUAUUAGAGAUUUUAAGAGAAAGAUUCAAACUUUAGAAACGCUUUGAAAAUCUUAACAUAUGAUUUACUCAUCUGAAGUAAAAACUUUCUCUACAGCCGAACUGGCCUUCUUUCGCGCUUCAAAUGGCUCAUGUCGAAAUCGCAGCGAAUCGCCACCGAAUGAUUGGCCGUUUGAUUGGCCGCGCAGAAUAAAUUUGCUAAACUAUACUUUUUUAAUUUUAAACUUCUUUAUUUACCCUCCGAAAGUUUAUUAGAGAAAAUACUCACGUAAGGCGGCGAGUAGUUGUGUGCAUUGGCAGGGGCCGCCCGUUUUUGUGGAGAUUUGGAACGGUGCUCGACGAGCUUUUUCAGAAAAGAGGUCAUUCAAACGCUACCGUGCCUCUCUGAAAAUAUGGCUUGUUGAUCAUUUAUUUUUACAUUUCCGAGUUAGGACCACAGUUUCCGAAUGAUUCUUCCGACUCGAAUCGUUUCAAUUUUUUUAUUCUUGUAUAGAACAGCGAGUAGAAGAGGAACCAAUUAAUUUGUGUAGUUCGCAAUGAAGUUGAGAUUACGAGGAUUUAUAUUUAUUUUUAGAAAUAUCAGAAAAUUUUUGCUGCUAAUGUUCUAAAUAAUUAUCUUUGAAAUGUUUUGUUUUCACCCUUGGAUGAAACAAAGGUCAGAUGUGGGACUUGAUGCUUUCAAUUUCACAAAAAAAAGGUUUCGAAGUUCGAACAAAGCUUGCUCGGUUGCUGGUCUCUCUGAAAACAUGAUGCUUUGAAGAAACAUCUCGGCAGAUCGUCGUAAAAGUUGAUGGGAGAGUAGAGCCCAAGCUUACUUUUUUCACUAAAAAUGUUGAAAUUCAAUUUUUCUGAUAAACUUUUAUUUUUUUCUUCUGAACAAGAUAUUAAUUAUCAGGUAUCAUUAAAGUCAGUUUUUUUAAUAUUUGUUUAACUUUGAUCGAAAAAUAUAUAUAAAUUCUAAUGAAUCAUACAAGAUAUUAUUACAAAUCAAAAACGAGUUUAGUAUCCGCUCGCCGAAAUUUAGUGCAUGCUCUCCUAAUUUAUCCACGUUGUAAAAAUUACUACAAAGACGCCUGAGCCUCUUCUAUUCACAAACUUUUCCGCUAAUCGUGAAGGCCGUGGACAUUUUCUUGAGACCAAUUAAUAAAUACAGUUUUCGUGGCUUUACGAGCUUAAGAAGAUCGUUAGAGGAUUACAAAGUCAUCUAAAAUAAAGACAUAAAUAAAGAUUUAUCGAUUGAUGUAUAAAAAGCGUGUUGGUUAUUAAAAGAAUGGCGGAAAAAUCAAUGACGGAAAUGAGAAAACAAGGGAGCUGGAGCGGCGACGAGGUGAUGGCGCUUGUCACCGACAGUUGCAGCAUCGCGGCUCCUUUGCCGCGAUUCGGUCUCUUACACCUGCCACCCUUCGAAUGGAAGAAUUUCUUUUUUUUCGCCAGCGACAAGUGGUCGACCACAACGCUCUCAUUACAACAUCCAACACCAUCCUUUGAUACAUUUCUUUUUUUUUCUUCUUCAAAAUGAACGGACUCAAACUUUCUGGUUUAGCAAAAAUGUAGAGGAUGGAUUUGAGUUGAAAGUUAAGAUCUAAAAGCAUGUUUUUCGAGAGUUUUUUACUUUAUUUCCGCUCUAGCGAAUUUCUAUCGCAACGAAACUUUCCCAUCAUAAGUUUGACUUUAUCUUCAAAUUUAAUCGGAGAUCGCAGGAAAGAUACAUUUUAGAACUACUGCCAGUCUACUGGUUCUAUUUGGUUUUUGAGAGUUCAGAGGAUGUCAUUCCAUUUAACGGAGUUUAGGAUAAGAACCAUGAAAGACAAGCGUGCUGAUAACAGAGAAGCACAUGGGACGCUGAUAACGUUCUUCGAAGACUCCACUUUUGGCCGACAUGAAGCUCGUCGUUUUGGUCGCACUCGUGGCAGGAGCCGUGGCUCAGCAUUGUAACACCGGCGGUAUUUAUAACGAGCAGUUCAACAGGUUUUCCACUUGUCGUAUUAGCAGUUAUCACUAAGAUUUCAGUUUUUCAGAGUUAGAUUUGGUCAUUCAGUUUUAAAACUUGCGUCAAACUUCUCAAAACAAAGAUUGAAAAAUAAUUAUCAUCUUAUUAAAUUUAUUGGAAACGUUUUUCCUUCUCCCAGUCAAACAUUUUUUUAAAAUUCAGUUUUUUUCUUAAUCAUAUUUUUUUCACAUGUGAUUUCUAUAGCCUGUGUACCACGACUUGGAAUUUCACGAAACGACAUUCCGCUGUGCCGCUGCGCUCCUUUGCGAACCUCGGUCGCGCUUUUAAUUUUUUUUUUUCCUUUCAUUAAGGUACUCUACUUUUAUGUGCUCCCACAGCAAUAACAAUCAAUAGAAAACGUGACCUAGAUUCGAAAGACGCUUCGCGAACGCACGCAGAGGAACAGCGGAAUGUCGUUCGGUGAAAUUUCAAGUCGUGGCACACAGACUUUUUCAUUUAUUUUGCCACAGCUCUUAUUAUUAAGGAAGGCAAUUUAGUGCGUGACAUGUUUUGAAAAACAAAUCUUGCAGAUGCUAUCAGUACUUCACUGCACCGGCUGAGUUUGAGUUUGCCGACGAGCAAUGCUCCAACCUCGGCGGUCACCUAGCCUCCGUCACAAAUGGUCAGGAAAACGCCCUGAUCAACGGUAAUUCAUCUCCUUUUGCUGAGAGCUACCUUCCGUUCAGCUAAUGCUGCGCAAGCUUUCCAAAAGUCGAACUACACUGAUUUCUGGAUCGGCGCCAACGAUCUGGCGACUCCUGGACAGUGGCAAUGGACUGACGGAUCCAACUUUGCCUACUCCAACUGGGGACCAUGUGAGUUCACAGUAUAUUUAGAAAGUUGUGAAUUCUCAAGUAUAUUGAGAAUGAUGUAAAAAGGCAGGCGACUUUAAAACGGGCGAAUUUUUCAGCACAGCCCCAAGACGGCAGCGAUUGCGCCACUCAGCAAGUUUCCGACGGAUCUUGGUCGACGUUGGGAUGCACAGUCUACCGUCCUUACGUCUGUGUCACGCCUCCUCUCCUAAUCUCCACUUGUCCGCCUCAAACGACGCCUGUCCGUGAGUUCUGACCUCUCGAGUACUGGUCUUACCGAGUCUCAGCCACGACGUGUCCCACUCCGCCGCCUUGCACUCAGAGGACCUGCGUUCCUUCUUGCGAAAUCGAAUGGACUUACUUCCCCAUCACCGACAUGUGCUACAAGGUCUGUUCUCGAAAUGAACUUUCUGGAUAAUUUUAUCCAAAGCCGCCGAGGUUUUUCACGAAUCUGCAGUAUAUCAAGAAAUAUACACAUUUUUUGAUUUGCGAAACCAUUUCAGUGGAUCGACGAAUCCUCACUAGAAAGAAGUUGGGAAGCAUAUUGGCUAUUGGAAGCCCAAAAAAAAACAAAAAAAUUGGAUUUUUUGCCUACUAUCCUUUUUUUUCUGGAAAAUAGCAACUCAAAAAAAAAUUCCUUGUGAAAUUUUCACUCAAAAGGACUGUUUUCAUAUCGAGGCUUCCAUCUGAAGCAGAGUCUCCGGGCUCAAGCUGCGCCUUUAGCUAUUUUCUGAGACGCAACUUAAAGGAAUACGCGCAUAAAAACGAUUCGAAGGAUCGUAAGAAAUGCUCUCAACUCAUCUUUUGACUACACUUCUGGACUGCUUUUUUGCUUAAGGCGAUUUUCCGAUGUUUUUUGAGAGCUUUUUUCAACCGCCUAAUCGAUUACAUCAACGAAUAAAACAACAAGAAUGGUUGAUUGAUUGACAUCGAAACCGUGGACAUAUCCUAGACGUUCUUUGGCAUGAAAUGGGACGAUGCCGAGGCGUUCUGCGUCGGUCAGCAUGGUCACUUGACUUCAAUCCACACAGAGGCUGAGAACACGUUCGUCGCUAGUCAGUUUUCGAUUGGAGUGUCGGGAAGUUAAGUGAAUGUCUUCAGAUAUGGCGAAGACUGGCGUGAAAGAAGGAAACCCGAAAGACCUGUGUUGGAUUGGAAUGCACAAGGUCAACAACGACUGGGUUUGGACGGACGGAACCAAGUCCGACUACUUCAACUGGGCGCCCAAGCAGCCAGACAAUCCGAAUAAGGAGUUCUGUGUUGAGGUUUGCUUUGAUAAACCUUCCCCGGAAACUUUGGAAAAUAAAAAUGGCCGAUCUUUACAGACUGCUCCUGAUUUGUCCCAUGACAAGUGGUUUGAGAACUGGAACAACGAGGAAUGCAACACUGUCAUGAGAGCUUUCAUCUGCAAGAAAAAUUCCAUCCAUUAA